AUGGGGCUAGAGCAGCGUGAAAAGGAUAAGGCCGACGCGGAGAAGCAGGCCAAAAAGAAGACAGAAGAUGAAGCGCGCCACACUCAGAUCGAACGCGAUAUCGAGUCGAAGACGUUUGAUGCACUCUCAACACUCCGGCGCAAGGAUGAUCAUUUUAUCGCACUUGCUGGCGCUCUCAAGAUUUCAAGAGAUGGAACGGUUGAGGAACUCAGGACUAGACUCAGAGAGUUUCUUGCUGAUGCCGCAAAUCAGCACUUUGCCUACAAUCCACGUUUUGCUGCGCUCUUCCAGACGGGAAAAACGCGUUCGAAGAAUAAGAAUUUAGCCACUGCGUCAUCGACAGGACAGGCUAGUAGUGGCGCCUCGCAUAGUGUACCGUGGAUAACCCUCUGGAGAGUUAUCCACCGUGGAUAUCCACCCUGGAGAAAUUGGGGGUCAGUUAUCUACCGGUGA